AUGCAAGAUUUAUGGAAGCAGGAAUUAGGAUGGGAUGAAGAUCUACCUCAAGAACUCAAAGGUAAAUGGACAACGUUUUCUCAAUCACUGAAGCAAUUAGAAACACUGCAGUUGAAGCGUAACGUAUGUCUGGGAAAUCCGGAUAAAGGUAUUGUCAUACACGGAUUUUCUGAUGCAUCCGAAAAGGCUUACGGAGCCUGCAUUUACAUCACGACCAUGGAUGACAACAAUGUACCAAGCUCAUCACCUCUUUGUUCGAAAUCAAAAGUCGCACCUCUCAAAGUUAUAACACUUCCAAAGUUAGAACUGUGCGCAGCUGUACUGUUAUCAAGAUUGGUCGCAAAUGUUGUCACUGCACUAAAGCUCGAAAAUGUGGAAAUUAAUCUUUGGAGCUAUUCAGCAGUAACUUUGUAUUGGAUUCAAACUGCACCAAGUAAUCUCAAAACCUUUGUGGCUAACAGAGUUGCUGAAACUCAAGAGUUAAGUCAAGAUUAUCAAUGGCGCCACGUUCCCUCAGCAGAAAAUCCUGCAGAUUACGUCUCAAGAGGAGUAUCAGUUGAACAGCUGCUCACGUUAGAACAUUGGUGGAACGGUCCCACUUUGAUCAAUUCAUUGGACGAGUGGCCAGAGCAAAGGUUACCGAGCAUUGAAAUACCGGAAAGAAAAUUAGUCAGCACCUUGACAAUUCAUCAACAUGACAUACUGAGACGAUUUUCAUCGUACAAAAAAUUGCAAAGAGUCAUCGCUUUUUGUUGUCGAUUCAUCAACAUAAAAGUGAAAAAAGCGAUUGUUCAUGGACCGCUGACAGUGAAAGAAUUGGAAGAAUCUGAGUUGCGAAUACUUGCUAUGACUCAAGAAGAAGCAUUUCCGCGAGAAUUAGCAGAUCUACGAGGGAAAGAGGAUCUUGACAAGAAAAGUCAUCUUCUUUCUUUAAACCCCAGUUUACAUACUGAUGGCUUGCACAGAGUUGGAGGACGACUCAGAAAUGCAGAGAUACCAUAUGCACAAAAACAUCCAGUAAUACUGCCUUCAAAGCAUCACGUCACAGAAAUUCUUCUAAAGCAUGAACAUGAAAGGCUCUUGCAUUGUGGACCUCGACAACUGUUGUAUGCUUUGAGACCGAAAGGAGCAGAAGUGAUAAUGGGAGAUCUACCAAAAGCAAGGGUGAAUCCAUCAGGUUUCCCUUUCGAGUCAGCAGGAGUCAACUAUGCAGGCCCCAUAAGAUUGAAAGAAGGCAAAAGAGGAGGAAAGGUGCGGGAGACUAAAGCUUACAUCGCAGUCUUCGUUUGUUUAUCAACGAAGGCUGUUCACCUGGAGUUAGUAACUGACUUGACGACUGAAACAUUUUUGGCUGCCUUCAGAAGAUUCACGCUCGAACUAAAAGAACUGCAAGAAUUCACAUCAGAAAAUGAAAACGGAUUGAAGGAGUCGCUUGCAUCGUCGGGGGUGAACUGGGAGUUCAUUCCUCCUCGAACCCCUCACUUUGGCGGGCUGUGGGAGUCAGCUGUCAAAUCUGUCAAAAAGCAUUUGUAUACUGUCACUCGGGGCCUUCUUUGUACGUUUGAAGAGUAUUAUACGCUUCUUACUCAAAUAGAGUCCGUUUUAAAUUCAAGGCCAUUGAUGCCAAUGUCUGAGGAUAUCAAUGAUUUAGAUGUAUUGACCCCAUCCCACUUCCUUAUUGGCAUUCCACUUAAAGAGGCUGAUUCGCGUUGUUAUCUCGAUGUUUCAGAUCACCGACUAUCCAGAUGGCAGCUCCUUCAAAAGGUUCGGCAGCACUUUUGGAAGAGGUGGAGCAAUGAAUAUUUGCAGCAGUUACAAGAACGAAUUAAGUGGAGAAAAAGUGACAAGAGCUUCGAGGUUGGUACUAUGGCUCUAAUCAAGGAAGAAAAUCUUCCACCCCUACACUGGAACAUGGCUCGAAUCAUCGCAACACAUACAGGUCCCGAUGGAGUCGUGAGAGUCGUCGACGUGCGAACCAAGAACGGAGUGUUUCGUCGAAGCGUGCACCUCGUACGGAUCGUGUUAAGAAACAAAAAUCGUUCGAGACCCGAUUCCGAAAAAGAACCAUCUCAACCGCGAAAAUCUCGGACAAGCAUCGCCCAAACUUCGCAUCAUCUCCGCAUCGCCUUCACACCGCAGAAUUUCGGACAAGCAUCGCCGAAUUCUCCACAAUCGCCACAGGACUCCUGGACAAGAAUCGCCAGACUCCUACUUUGUUUCAAGAAAAGAAAAAUGCAAACACACUUCGCACUGACGUUAAUGUAA